AUGGCGGGUAGCCAGGUGGAGGGAGGGAUGUCGAAAGGGGAGCAGCUGAUCGGGAACCUCCUCGUAGACGCUUUGGAUGAUCGCUUUCGACAAGAGCGCCUUAAUGUGGAGUUUGCGUUUGUCUUUGACACCACCGUUGACACUGUGCUAGACGACCUUGUGGAGGCGCUGGCUGGCAUGGGACUACGCCUGGCGAUCCCACGGGGUCAAUGCGCUUUGUUGUAUGACAACAGCUGCAACAAUGCCAGCAACGGCAGCGCUACCCAUGCCGGUGAGAGCCUCCACAAGGGCCAAGAAGUUGACGGCGUGGGCGGUGCCGAAUUACACGUAGAAGGGGAGGAGGAGGAUGACAGUCGUAGGAUGCUUUCGGGGGCGGAUGUUAUCUUCAAUGCCCCGGAGGUGGAGGCCUUUUACAAUCUGAAUUAUCGCUGUGGUCUCCAUCGUGUUGCCACAUUUCGUAUUGUGAAGAGAGUGCGGGCUCCAUUGCCACUGCGUGGCGUCUCUCGUGGAACGUCAGGAAAAGAGAAUUCUGACGGCAGUGGCGAUCAGGCAGCGACGGAGGGUCUUUCGGUGUAUCUUCUUCACCGCAAACUGCAGUUUGACGAUCUUUCUAACGAGUUAUUGGCCCCAACCAACAUUGAGGGAAACAACGAGGCGCAUGGAGACUACAAAAAAGACCUCUUGCGUGUCCGGGAGAUGGUGGUGGCAGCGGAGAGGUCGAUACUCACUGCCCGUCAACAACACUACCAGCAGCAACCACCACGGGAGCCACAUUGGUCGGUUCAGUUAAGCAAACCGCCCUCGCGGCAUGAGUGGCUUUGUGCUGUUGAGGCGGAGGCCACCGCAUACGUCCGGCUGACGGCUAAACUUGCGCGGGACACCACCUCCGUUGUGACACGACAGGAAACAGCACGCCGUACCCUGGAAAAUGAGGUGGCGGAGUUCCAUCAACGUAUAGACGAAGUAAAGAUGAACGUCGUGAGGCGGGAGGCACUGCAGGAGCGUGUCGAUCGGUUGAAAAUAGAAAUAGAAGCACAGCGGGAAAAGGAGCAGGAACUUCUGCGUUCCCUUGAGAGAGCGAAGAUUAGCGAAGUGAAACGAACACCACCAGUUAGACCUGUUGCAUCUUCCUUUUUUGGUUCUUACGCCGAGCAGCACCCGCAACGAACUCCGGGGGUUCCUCCGGCAUCGGAGGCAGGCGCACUGCGGACUCAUCGCGAUGUUCCUCUUUCGUCUCGACUUCUGUCACCGCCACGCCCCACACCGCCACUGACGCCGCCACCGCCGUCCUCUUUGCCGCAUGAAUUUGUUUCGAAUUACUCAGCCAUUCAAGGCUCAAAUACCGGAAUUGGUGCUGCCACGGGAUCGCAGUUUUUCUCUCCCUCACUGCGCGAGGACGUGCGACAAGCUUUAGCACCCUACAUGCGAUCCUCGAUCAAUGCUCAGCCUUACCAGUCUGAUCUUCAGCGGCUGCGUCAGCUUGCCGUCGAGCUCAGCCACCAUCUACGUUCUCCGAACCCAGAUCCAGUGGAGCGGCGACGGCUUAUGGGUGAAAUUCGCAGCCUUCGACAGGAGGUGGAGCGGCAGCGGGAGGAGGAGUCUCGUGUAACGCCGAACCCUUAG